AGAGCAAGAGUGAAGACAGAGAAAGAUAAUAAGAUUGGAAUGGAGAAGGCAAGCCUGUGCCACAGGAACACUCCUCUCCCACUUCUUAAUCGCCCUUCCAAUUUUCUUCAAUUCAAGCACCAAAACUCCUUCCUCAAGUUCCCGAACCCAAACCUCCAUCGACUGCGCAGGCUCAAUUGCUCAGUAUCAGACGGCACCGUUUCGUCUUCGCUUGGUGCCACGGACUCGUCUCUUGCGGUGAAGAAGAAAGCAGCAGAGGUGUCUUCUGAGCUCAAAGGGACCUCCAUAUUUCUGGUUGGUUUGAAGAGCUCUCUUAAAACUAGUUUGGGGAAGCUGCUGGCUGAUGCAUUGCGGUAUUAUUAUUUCGACAGUGAUAGUUUGGUGGAAGAAGCUGUAGGUGGUGCACUGGCUGCAAAAUCAUUCAGAGAGAGUGACGAAAAAGGCUUCUAUGAGUCUGAGACUGAAGUACUGAAGCAAUUAUCGUCCAUGGGUCGACUAGUGGUUUGUGCAGGAAAUGGCACUGUUACAAGCUCCACUAAUCUGGCCCUUCUGAGACAUGGGAUUUCAUUAUGGAUUGAUGUGCCUCUAGAUUUUGUGGCCAGAGAUGUAAUUGAAGAUAAGAGUCAAUUUGCUCCAUCUGAAAUAUCUAUUUCAGGAUCAUACCCAGAGGUACAGGAUGAACUAGGUGCUCUGUACGAUAAAUACAGAGUUGGAUAUGCUACAGCUGAUGCUAUUAUUUCAGUUCAAAAAGUAGUUUCUCGGCUGGGUUGUGAUAACUUAGAUGAAAUUACAAGAGAAGACAUGGCUUUGGAGGCUCUUAGGGAAAUUGAGAAGUUGACCAGAGUAAAGAAGAUGCAGGAAGAGGCUGCAAGACCAUUUUAACCAACUUGGACAUGCUCCCUUCCUUUACCCGGAAUCAAAUUGGACAAUCUAAACAUUUUUAAAUUUGCAAUCCCUGUGUUAGCUUCUCAAAUUUCAGUUUUCUUUUUAGUUGUUUUCCUUUGAAAUUUCAGUCUUCCUAUUGUUGUUGUUGUUUUAAGACUUACUCUGUACUAUAGUGUUAUAUAGGGGAGGAGAAAAAUACUCCUUUCUGUACCUCCAAUACAACUUUUUUGCCUACUUUUUUUUUCUUCUUUUUAUCAAUGAUUACUUGAUUUCUUCCUGAAUUA